AUGCUGGAAAUAAUACGCAGAUCAUUCUUAGAUGCCUCUCCCCACCAGCUUGCUACUCUUCGUGAGAGAAAUCCUGAGUUAGCUGCUGUUGUUAAUGAUCCAGCUGGCUUUAAAAGAGUUUUCGAAUUACAGCAGAUUAAUGCUCGACGGCAUCGUGAGGAACUUGAGGAUUUAAUGUCUGCGAAUGCUUUGGAUCCGUCAGUUCAAGAGAGGAUAGCUGAACUUAUUAGACAAAGAAAUAUUGAUAUGCAAAUGGAAAGUGCUCUAGAAUAUUAUCCAGAAACAUUUGGACAAGUAUCAAUGCUUUUUAUCAAUUGUAAAAUUAAAGAUCAAAUUAUUAAAGCAUUUGUUGAUUCUGGAGCACAAAGUACAAUUAUGAGUGAAGAUUGUGCACGUCGUUGUAAUUUAGAUUCAUUAAUUGAUAAAAGAUGGGCUGGUAUGGCCUAUGGAGUUGGAACACAGACUAUAAUCGGUCGGGUUCAUAAUGGUUUAAUUGAAGUUGCAGGCAUUUUUAUCCCAACUUCGUUCAUUGUACUGAAAGAUCAGUCUAUGGAUCUUCUGAUUGGUUUAGAUAUGCUUAAACGACAUCAGUGUUGUAUCGAUUUAAAGCGUAAUAUUCUAGUCAUUGAUGGUCGUGUUGAAGCGCCUUUCCUACCAGAAUCUGAAAUUCCUUCAUCAUUUUCAAAUCCAUCCAUCUUGAAUAAUGCAGAUGUAUGUAACAAAGAUGCGUCAUCUGAUGAAAAAGCAACUGGAAAGUAUCAUUGUCCUUUGUUUCAACCGUCAUGAAAUAGCACCUACUCUUUAUUGAUCUAUGUUGUCCGAUUCUGUUCUCAUAAUAUAGUUGUGUUUGAUUAGCUAGAUGGCCACGGUAUUUACAUUCAUUAGCCAAGGUAUCUCAUAAUUCUGUGUCGUUGAAGAAAGUUUUCAGCAAGUACUUGCAUCUCGUUAAAAGUUCUCUUCUAAGAACAUUAUUCCGGUGAGUAUAGAGUUAUUUUCAAAUCAGCUAGGAAUAUCCACUCUUCAUUCCUUAUGAUAAAAUUUGAAAUGAACCUUCUUUUUUCUCCUCUAAUGUGUUUAUUAUGCUUGAAUAAAAUGAUUCUGUAGGAAUUUCGGAUAAUAAAUAUAGACCAAUGGGGUAAAUGAUGAAAUUACGCCAAGUAUGAGAUUGGUUCAAGUGAAUAAUUUAUUCCAACUUUGUUUUCUCUUAUGAACAGUGUUAAAUAAAGUAGGAAUAGGUUGUAUAAAUGGCAAGGCUUGGUGAAACUUAUCUGUACCACAAAGUCAUCAGUUGUUAGUCUGAGUUUUAUAAAUAAUGGUAGCUUGUCAAAAUGUUUUAGACCAGUGAGUGAGUAUCAAUCAAUAUCAACAUAGGAUCAGGCAUUAUUACAUGACGGUCCAAGUUCCCACACCUCAUAUCAGUACAACAGGUAACAAAAUAGUAAGAUGAGAGAUGAAGAAGAAAAGAAAAGGUGGUUAAAAGCAGUAGUAAGCAGUAGAAAAGAGGAAAGUGAAAAUUAGAAAAUGCAAAAUUCAGUAUAGUGGUUAAGAUGAAUAUAAUGUUUA